AGCGCUGGAGCGCCGUUGUCAGCUGCGCCGGAAGUUCCUAGCCGGGCCUGGCGGUAACCUUGGGCGCCUCGCUGGUGCCUCCGCGGCUGCUGGAGUGGGCUUUGCGAGUCUGAACCUCAGCGGCGCCAGGCUCCUUAGUUGCCGAGAGCCUCCGGGUUAGCGGUGGAGGACGCUGAGCCUCGCGGGGGGCAGGCACCCGGGCUCAGGGCCGCCCAGCCGACAUGUCUCUAGUAGCGGAAGCCUUCGUCUCCCAGAUUGCAGCUGCAGAACCUUGGCCUGAAAAUGCUACAUUGUAUCAGCAAUUGAAAGGGGAGCAAAUUUUACUUUCUGACAAUGCAGCUUCUCUUGCUGUGCAGGCCUUUUUGCAAAUGUGUAAUUUGCCUAUCAAAGUAGUUUGUAGGGCAAAUGCAGAAUAUAUGUCUCCCUCUGGUAAAGUACCUUUUAUUCAUGUGGGAAAUCAAGUAGUAUCCGAACUUGGUCCAAUAGUCCAAUUUGUUAAAGCCAAGGGUCAUUCUCUUAGUGAUGGGCUGGAUGAAGUCCAAAAAGCAGAAAUGAAAGCUUACAUGGAAUUAGUCAACAAUAUGCUGUUGACUGCAGAGUUGUAUCUUCAGUGGUGUGAUGAAGCUACAGUAGGGGAGAUCACUCAUGCUAGGUAUGGAUCUCCUUACCCUUGGCCUCUGAAUCAUAUUUUGGCCUAUCAGAAACAGUGGGAGGUCAAACGUAAGAUGAAAGCUAUUGGAUGGGGAAAGAAGACUCUGGACCAGGUCUUAGAGGAUGUAGACCAGUGCUGUCAAGCUCUCUCUCAAAGACUGGGAACACAACCGUAUUUCUUCAAUAAGCAGCCUACUGAACUUGAUGCACUGGUAUUUGGCCAUCUGUACACCAUUCUUACCACACAAUUAACAAAUGAUGAACUUUCUGAAAAGGUGAAAAACUAUAGUAACCUCCUUGCUUUCUGUAGGAGAAUUGAACAGCACUAUUUUGAAGAUCGUGGUAAAGGCAGACUGUCAUAAGUGUUACGUGUUAGUCUCAUAAGUCUAAUUUUUGACAUAUGUUUUACUUGAAUGUUAUAUUAGAUAUUGGUAUCAGAAUUUUAAAACCAAAUUACUGUUUUUUGAAACCUCAAAACAAAUUAUACAAUGUAUCUUAUAUAUGUGCUUUAUGUUGUUACUUGUGUAUACAUUAAAAUAAUUCUGAAUUAUUUCAUUUGAUAUAUUGUAUUCUAUAUCUUGAAAUUUUUGUUUCCUUGAAACAUGCAUGCAUAUAAAAAUAAAACUUACACAACUGUA